AUGGCUCGACACCGCACCAAUCUCUCACCACAGAAACGAGCCGAUCUUCGGCAACAAGCGAAAGACGCCUCUGCGCACAACGCGACAAAGGUCCCUUUGUUGAAACUCUCCGCCGAGGUCCGCAACCAGAUCUUUCAGCUUGCCCUUCCCACCGACAACGAGUUCAAGACCGGCGCAGGUCUGGAGACCGCGGAAUUCUCUGAAUACGACCAUGUCGUCGAUCUUGAGAUCCCCGGCCUCCUGUCCACAUGCCGGCAAACGCGCCAGGAAUCGUCAAACUACUUCUACUCCAACAACUCUUUGCUCUCCUACUCCUUGGUCGAGACCCAGUACAUGCCAGACUUGACGACCUACACGAUUCACAAGACGCUAAAAGAGUUUCCGCGCGCUGUUCUUCGUCUCGCCAAAGCAGUCUACAUCAUCUUACAGCUCGAUUUUCGCCAGUGCCAGCACCCGAAGACGGAGGGAGCGUGGAACGGGCACGACGGAGAGGUGCACUUUGUCAUGGAUGGGGACAGGUUUGUGUUGCACUCAGAGUGUAAUGGAUGUGUCGGGAAUGAUGACGCGGGCGGAUGGGGCGAAUGCUCGGACGAGCUGGUGGAAGUUGUGGACAACUAUGGCCAGGCUAUCAAGGGCUUGGUCAUGGAUAAGCUCGCAGUGAAGAGCACGAACGAGGCUAAUGGCACUAAGGGGAAGACUCUUGUUCGGGUGGCGAGGAAAGACCUCAAGAUGCCCCAGAUGCUCAAGUUCUACGAGUACUGGCUUCCUUAUGACGGCGAGGAAUGA